GUGGGGUCCGUGCCCGCGGCUGCGGCGCUGAGGUCCGGCGACUGCAGGAGAGCGGCUGCUUUGGUGGCGGUGGCUGCUGGCGCUGGACCGUUUCCCGGGGUGGUGGCUCGUGCACCUUCAAAACCGAGCGAAAUCCAACCCAAACCCGCCUCCACUCCUCUUUCGUCAGCACAAAGAUUAAACUUGACAGAAGAAUGCAAUCAAGUGAUGGCUUGCUUUUAGAAUUUGAAUAUGGAGGCCACAGGAACAGAUGAAGUCGACAAGCUGAAAACUAAAUUUAUAUCUGCUUGGAACAACAUGAAAUAUAGUUGGGUCUUGAAAACAAAGACAUAUUUCAGUAGAAAUUCCCCAGUCUUACUGCUUGGAAAAUGUUACCAUUUUAAAUAUGAAGAUGAAAAUAAACUGAUACCUGCAAGAUCAGGAUGCACAAUAGAAGAUCAUGUAAUUGCAGGGAACGUGGAAGAAUUUCGCAAAGAUUUCAUCUCAAGAAUAUGGCUGACCUACAGGGAAGAAUUUCCUCCCAUCGAAGGCUCAGCCUUGACGACGGACUGUGGUUGGGGCUGUACGCUCAGGACUGGCCAGAUGCUGCUGGCCCAGGGACUCCUCCUACACUUUCUCGGCAGAGCAUGGACCUGGCCUGAUGCUUUGAACAUUGAAAAUUCAGACUCUGAUUCUUGGACUUCCCAAACUGUAAAAAAAUUGACUGCAUCUUUUGAGGCAUCGCUCUCCGAGGAAAGAGAACUCAAAGCCCCCACCAUUUCUCUGAAGGGAACAACGGGGAGAUACGCCGAUGAUCGUGAAAUGCAAAAUGAAAUGUACCACAGGACAAUCAUCUCCUGGUUCGGCGACUCCCCCCGGGCUCUCUUUGGUUUACAUCAGCUCAUAGAAUAUGGGAAGAAAUCGGGCAAAAAAGCUGGAGAUUGGUACGGACCGGCUGUGGUCGCUCACAUCCUAAGAAAAGCAGUUGAAGAAGCAAGACACCCUGAUUUACAAGGACUAACAAUUUAUGUUGCACAAGAUUGUACAGUUUACAGUUCCGAUGUCAUUGACAAGCAGUGUCCUUCCCCGUCCUCUGGGAACAGAGAUGACAAAGCCGUGAUUAUUCUAGUUCCUGUCAGACUUGGUGGAGAAAGAACCAAUAUUGAAUACUUGGAGUUUGUCAAGGGUAUUUUAAGCCUUGAAUAUUGUGUGGGGAUUAUUGGCGGCAAACCUAAACAGUCAUAUUACUUUGCUGGCUUUCAAGAUGACAGUUUGAUUUACAUGGAUCCUCAUUACUGCCAGUCUUUUGUAGAUGUCAGCAUAAAGGAUUUCCCUCUCGAGACAUUCCACUGUCCUUCUCCCAAGAAGAUGUCGUUCCGGAAGAUGGACCCGAGCUGCACCAUAGGAUUCUACUGUCGAAAUGUCCAGGACUUCCAGCGAGCCUCUGAAGAAAUCACUAAGAUGCUGACUAUUUCUUCUAAGGAGAAAUAUCCCUUGUUUACUUUUGUGAACGGUCAUUCCAGAGACUAUGAUUUUACAUCUACUACCGCCAGUGAAGAGGACCUUUUUUCGGAGGAAGAAAAGAAAAGAUUGAAACGCUUUAGCACAGAGGAGUUUGUUUUGCUGUAAAGAUACGCACACGUUUUUUGCUUGGUGAGAAGAACUCCUUUGACAGGAUUAAAAAUGAAGAAAACUGUGUGCUUGAAACUGGUUUAUUUUCACAGAAGAUCUUUAAUUUUAUAUGUUCUUGAAAAAAAAAAGAACAUUUGAAAAUAUACACAUUUUAAAGCUA